AAACCAUUCAAGUACUUAGUAAAUUAUAUUACUCCAUUAAUUAAUUGAAAGCAGUCAACCAAAGAAGAUAAAAUAUUCAAAUAUGAUUGCUUCAAAUUCACGUUUAAGUGUAUUUUUUAUUCUUUUAUUUCUUGUCAUAUACGGCAACUUGGCAACCGUCGAGGAUAUCACUAAGACAUCAGCUGCAGGCAGAAUAGUGAAUGGAACACAUGCCAAGCGUGGCGAGAUUCCAUACAUUGUUUCGAUUCGGAGAUUUAAUAGACACAGCUGCGGGGGUUCCAUCUUGGAUGCGCGUCACGUGCUUACCGCUGCCCAUUGCGUCUUCGACAGAGCCGUCGAAGAGUUGCAAGUCCAAUAUGGGGUUUUAGACAUUGGCGAUGGUGACAGCAAUGUUAUUAAUGUUACGAACACUGUGACGCAUUCAGAAUAUUUUCAAGAUUAUGGCAAUAUCAACGACAUCGCAAUUAUUACACUUGAGGAAGAUAUCGUAUUCAGCGACAUGGCCCAACCGACAGUUCUUCCGGAAGCAUUCGCACCGACACCAGCUGGUGCACAUAGCAUUUUAGCCGGAUGGGGAUUAAACGGAACUGGUGGUGCUAGACAACAACACUUACAACGUGUUGACUUGGUCAUCUACUCAGACGAUGAUUGUGAAGAAGCUCAUCCAUUCAGGACUUUCAGAGAGUAUCAUAUUUGCUCGGGUGUGCCCGAAGGCGGUAAGGGCCAAUGCAACGGUGAUUCGGGUGGACCCUUAUAUGCAGGAGGCGUGCAAGUUGGGAUCGUGUCGUGGUCUGUAAAGCCAUGUACAAUCCAAGGAUAUCCGGGCGUUUUCGUCAAGGUUGCAAAUUAUGUUCCAUGGAUACACAAUCAAAUAUCUCAUAUCUCUUAACAACGGUAAAAAGUGAAAUUACUAUAUAAACAGCGUUAAUUAAAAAGUAUAAAAUAAAUAAUUGCAUAACUAUGAACAAAUAAUAAAUGGUGUAACAAUCCACUUGAUUGCAAUAUUAAUAGAUACAAGUAUGUACACGAGAAGCAGGUACACCAAUGACCUGAUGAGAGAUUAUCAGAAUCAA